GGAUUCCACCGGAGGCGUUACGGCAACGUUACGGCUGCGGCACGUCUUGGCCGCGACUUUGCCCUGCUUGCAUUUCCACCGGGCGCGUUACGGCAGCGCAGCGGCAGCCGUAUUCACGCGAGAUCAUGAAAUCACGCCAUAAUCCUGAACGUACGCGAGACCGCGAGAUCCCGUGAAAAGCUGUGUAAGGGUAACAACAAACAGCUGACUUUGCUUCUCCGACGCUGAAAACUUGAUCUGGCCAUCUAUCCUCAAUUUUCUGCUUCUACCAUGGGUAAGUUUGCUACUCAGUUUCUAUAUUCACCUGGUUUUACGAUUUUAAUAGUAGUUUCAUUAUGUCAUACUUUGUUGUGCUAUACUGAAACUAAUUACAUAGUUAAUACUGUUAAAAGUCCAGCUAAUGAUUAAAUACAUGAUUUGUUGCUUUUUUUGUUUAUAAAACCAAUAAGUUUUAUUCAUGAUAAUUAUUUCAUAUGUAUUGUUCACAUAGUGCCUUGCAGAAGAAGAACCCUUGCAUUAGUUCUCCUACUUGAAGGGCUGCAGAGGAGGGGUAGAGGGAGAAGGAGCCGAUUCUGGGUUCAUCCCCUCAACCAGAAAAGACAGCAAGGCGAUUUUCACAAUCUGGUAGCUGAACUGAGGCUGGACAGUCAACGCCACCAUCAGUAUUUCAGAAUGAGUGCAGAGCAAAUGGACGAACUUCUAUCCUUCAUCGGCCCUGAAGUGACCAGGCAAACCACAAACUACAGAUCUGCCAUAGAACCUAAGCAGAGACUGGCUGUGGCACUAAGGUACAUGGCUUCUGGAGAUUCCCUAGUGAGUCUUGCAUAUAGCUACCGCCUGGGGCACACUACAGUCAGGAACUCAGUCCACAUGGUGUGUGCUGCCAUCGAAAAAACGAUGAUGGAGAGGUUCCUACCCAGGCCAACACAAGAGACUUGGGAGGAAGUGGCUCAAGGCUUCUGGGAGAAGUGGAAUUUUCCAAACUGCCUGGGAGCAAUAGAUGGGAAGCAUGUGACCAUCCAAGCCCCAGCACUGAGUGGGAGUCAGUAUUUAAAUUAUAAGAAAACUUUCUCGAUAGUGCUUUUGGCACUUGUGGACUCCAACUAUAGGUUCAGGGUCAUUCAAGUGGGGGACUUCGGAAGGUCCAGUGAUGGUGGCGUAUAUGCUGGGUCAGCCCUCGGAAGAGGAAUGGAGACCAAAACCCUUCAUGUCCCACCCAGUACCUCUCUGCCUGGCGCUGCUCACUUGGGUGAUGUGCCACAUGUCAUGGUGGGUGAUGCAGCCUUCCCACUGAAGCCGUAUCUAAUGAGACCAUACCCCGGACAUCACCUCACUCACAAUAAGAGGGUAUUCAACUACAGACUUUCAAGGGCAAGGAUGGUGGUUGAGAAUGCUUUUGGCAUUCUCUCCUCCAGGUGGAAAAUCUUGCAUCGCAGGAUCAACCUGCACCCACAAAAUGUGGACACCCUUGUUUUGGCUGCAUGCAUUCUCCAUAACUUCCUGCUUGCCCCGAGAGAGAAUGUGAGGUUGCUGGAGGAGGCAGAGCAACAGGGGAGAAACCUGCCAGCAGUACGCAACAUGGGAGGAAACAGAGCCUCGAGAGAGGCCUGUAAUGUGAGGGAGAUCUUCUGUACAUAUUUCAACUCCCCACAAGGCAGUGUGUCUUGGCAGGACAGGAUGGUGUGAAAGUUCGGCAAAAAGUGUGGAAAUGUAUAUAUUUGUAAAUAGAUGUUUUUUUU